CCUAAGAUUUCGCGGCUCCCAACAUCAUCACCUAGCGCACAAGCGCGUUUUCUCGGCCCGACCUGCGCUGGCCUUCUGUUAAUUCCACUGACUUGCGCCUCACACCCUUGGCCAACCGCAUGAUAUGAUCCGGAACGUAUCCUCCGUUCGGGCGGUCCAGUUCCAACUUCAGCGAGGAAACGAGAAUGGCGGACUCGACAAGGAAAACGCGGUGGUGGGCAGGUCGGCGCCCGCAAAGACUCCCAUGCCUGGAAAAAUCGGGUUCAGGACGCCUUCACGCACGGGCUUGACCGCCAAGAAGACUACAAACACUGUCAUUUUGGAUAAGGAGAACACGCCGUUCGCAGAGCCGACUGCGACGAAGGGUGCGCAUCGCGCGUUGAAGACACCUGCUGCUAAAGUCCUCGUCGCUUCUACAGCGCUCCAAGGCAAAUCAGUGAAUGUGCGACAAGCCAAGAAGCCUCUGGACACAGCAGCCAAGAAAGAGAUCAAGCACAUAUCGCUCGUCACUUCGAAAACACCCAGCCAAGCAACCACGACCCGUCCCUUCCUUCAGCAAAAGCCCAUCAAUACCCCGCACACGCACGCAUAUAGAGAUUCAUACAAAACGCCCCUCAACCACCCUCUCAAGUAUUCUGCUUUCGAAACGCCAGAUGGAUCGCAGAAAUCUCUUGAAAAGUCGGAGAAAAUUAGAGAAGCGAGACGGGCGUCGGUUAGGAGGUCUUCUGCUCAGAAAUCCUCGGUGAAGAAUGAAGCGGGAAAGAGCGGUGUGAGCGAGCCUCCGGCUCCGGUGAUUGCGAAGGAGGAAGAGGAUGUAGAGGUUGAGUAUAUGCCGCCUGUGUCGAAAGCACUUCCAUUUGUGCCCCACCCGGACCUGAUCGUGGACCACAAAGUCCUCACUACCCCCGUGUUAGACGUGCCUUGGAACGCAAUCCCUCCCGGCCCGGACCUGCCAGAGUUCAUCCCGCCAGACUUUGGUGCUUUCUCGCCGCCUUCUGUUGCUUUUGACCUGCCCAACGCCGACGAUAUACCCUGGUUGGAACUGCCUGACGAAGAUGAUUUUGGACUGCGCGAUGAAGUUUUCCUUGAACUCAAACCUUUGAGUGCGUGAGCUGCAUAUAAAGUCACUUCCCGGUCUCCCACUGUAAUACCCCCUGUAUAUGCAAACUGUACAAAGUCCUCGCGCGCACAUAUCCUGCCCGUGGACUGGAAUACGCGCCAUUCAUUUGGUUCCGCCGUUCUGCUGUGUAAAUAAUUCGUAAAUGCCAUACUGUAAGGUGACUCGGACGGUGACUCUCCCAUGAUUGGACCACCAAGCGUAUGCGGCAUUUGC